AUGAAAUUAUUUAUACUUUAUUUAAUUAUUACCGUAAAUUUAAUGAGCAAAAGCGAGUGUUGGCGUGUAGGUGAAAACAAAUACUGGCUUCCGGAGUUGGAGUGGUCCAAGGGAGACAAUUGGAUCAACGGUAUUAAACCAGAAUCAAACAGUCGUGUGGUAUUUCCUUUAGAAAUAUAUCACUCGGUUGGACUUCCGGGCAAUUCACAUUUACAACUUUCCGAGAUUGAGUUAUCCCGAGAUGGCUCUCUUUUACUUUCAAGGGAUGGAACCUUACAGAUGAGUGACAGUAACAACAACAGUAGAGAUAAAGAAAAAAGUUUUGUUUGGAAGCUAAAGGGACCUUUUUAUUGGGUUGAUCCUCAAAAUUGGGGUGACUCAAAUAAAGCAGUUCCGGAUUUUGAGAGAAUUCCCUGUUCAAUGGACACUGUCAUUUUUCCAAAUAAAAAUCACGCCUUGAGUAUAACUUUGCCCAACACCAAUGUCAAAGUUAAACAAAUAAAAAUAGGCCAAGAACAAACUAUUGAUGAAUGGCGUUGGCAUUCAAUGAUGACUGGUAGAGAAUUUCGCAACAGUCCUCUAACAAUCAGUUACAGCGGAUUACAAUACUGUGAAUCGGAUUGUAUCUGCAAGCCAGAAAAUUCCAAAGAGUUGCUAGCGGAAAUUUGUAAAAUUCAAGCUCCAAGAUGUGGACAGCUUCAAUGUGAAUUUCCACUUCAGAUUCAAGAUCACUGCUGUGAUUACUGCGGGGGCCGAGUUUCAGUACCCAGUGAGACUAUUACCGUGUCGAAACUCGGAGAAAUAGCAGAGGAGGAAUUUAAAAAUAAUAAAGAAAUUUAUUGGCAUGCUCGAUUUGCUCCGGACAGACCAGAGCUUGAGAUUCUUAUUGCUGAGAGGGGAAUUUAUUCGGGAAUAAAAAGCCAAGAAGCCAUUGACAAGCUCCUUCGACGGUUGAUGGCUAAAGGAAUUCCUAUUGUUGAAGCUACGAGUACUGGAGCACCUUUAACAGGCUCUGUACUUGGAAAUACACUGGGACCUAUGUUUGGAAUUCCAAUAAUUAUUUUAUUAAUUAUUCUACUUGGACUUCCGUACUUUGGGUACUCUUACACUCAUAUUGUGUCUGUAUGGAGAGACGCGUACGGAACAGUACGUGAAGGAAUACCUUUUUACAGUGACGAUGGCUUUGCCAGAUUUGAAAAUUUACCAGAGGGUCAUGUACAACUAUCUGGUCAAAGUACUUUAGACGAUCUUAGUGACAAUAGUGGUAGUAUAAGCGGCGGCCAGAACGAGGGAGAAGGUAAACGCUUCGAAAACCCAUUGUAUAGGUCAACAAGAAAAUCCCCAGCAGAGCAAGAGACUUUAUCAGAUAAUAAUCAAGAGAGUAGUGAACAAAGUAUUAUUAAUAUUGAUCUACCAGUGAGCUUAACUCAAUUGAAAAAAAAAGUAUAUUCUUCUGAAGAUACUCACAUCGACUCGGAUUAA